AUGUCUCGACGACCUCCGGCAGACACGUUCACACGCUUUACCUCAACAACCCCUCAUGCCACAACAUUCACGUAUCAGCCGUCCUCACGGCCAACCAGCAGACCUACACCAUCAUCUUCCUCACCUUCGCCUUCACACCCAUCUCCGCCCUCACAACCUCCUGACCCUCAGUCACAACCGCCCCCGAGUGAGACGCCGAUGGAAAAAGUGGCGCGCCUGCGCGCCGCGCACCGUGCAACUCUGGCCUCCCAAAAUACUUCCACGUUUGACCGUCUGAUCUCCUCCGGCAGGAACAUCGCCGAUCGCGCGCACCGCCUCACAGCAUACGGAUUAAUCCUCUUUUCCGGGCUAGCGGUUUGCGUGACUGCCUACGGCACAAUUUCUCUGAUAGCACAUUCUCGAAGACAGAAGCGCGCGUGGAUAGAGAGGGAGCUGGAUCGUUUGGAUGAAGCGCGAAAAGCAUUCUUACGAGGCGACGCCACGGCGGAGCAGUUGCAUCUACUCGAGCAGGAGAGGGCGGGCCAGGAGAUCGAGGCUGCGAGGAUGAAGGAAGCGGAGAGGAAGAAGAGUGAGGGCGUCUGGGGCCGGGUGAAAGGGCUUGUUGGAGGUCAAUUGGCGAAAGGAGAGAUGGGGGAGGAGACUGCGCAGGAGAGGGAGAAGAGGUUGACGAGGAAGCACAGAGGUGGGGAGGCCGGAUGGAUUGAGGGGGAGGUACAGCCUGUGGCUUCUGCGACCUCACCCGCACCCAUGCCCGGCUCUGUCGUUCGGACGGCCGUGCAGGUUGCGCCCAGCGAGAUUCCAGGAGUAGGCAUUGACUCCAAGGGCCGGCCUGUACCGGCUGGCAGGGUGGAGUACGUCGCCAGCAAGGUUGCAGAGGAACCAGGCACACGCGAGAGAACAGUAACGGUGCGCGCUGGUGGCCCGCUCGAUGUUAUGGCCAGCAAUGUGGCAACUGCGGUUGCUGGGUCUUCAAGUACAGAGGGCAAGAGUUGGUUGAGUUGGAUCAAGGGGAGCCCCAGCAGUUAA